UUUCUCGUUUUAUGGACCUCUCACCCUCGCGUUCGUCUUCUGUGUGGGGCUCUGCCAUCAAGAAACAUCCACUCUAUCUAACUCUCGAAAAUUAUGACUUUUUGGAUGAGCUCACACCCGAUGAAACGCACACCAUUGAAGCAAAAUAUGCCCACCUUAAUAAGACGCCACCAAACCGUAAGAACGAUUGGGAUGAUGAAAUCAAGGAUGUGCACCCUUGGGUUCAGACGGUUUACGAAUCUUUGGCGAGAAUAUGGAACCUUGCCAUUAUCCAGGAUAAACAUUCGGGUGGUCGUAGUGGUACCAACUAUGCAGAUCAUUACCUCACAAACCCGUCUAGUAAGGAUUUAUACACCAAACACAACAAAACAAUUGAUUGGACGAGAUGCUAUGCAUUUGAAGACAAAUUAAAAUUGUCAGAGUACACCCUAAACGAAGCAAUGGUUCAAUGUCACAGAUACUGCAAGAAUUUCUUCGGCGCGAGCGAGAAUAGGGAACGUAAAUAUGUCUCAAUCAUUACUGACGGUUCCAACUAUGCACUUUGCAUCAAGUGGGAGAAGAAGGAAACGCUGCUGAUUGUCGGACGUGUCUUCAAGACUUUCGCCCAAGCUAACAUUGGCAGACUCCGUGCUAGUGCUUCUCCACAAGAGCUGGAAAGCUUUUUUCCCGACAAAGACAUUGCAAACGUCGAUUCUCCUAAUACAACAUCUACCUCAUUCACUCAUCGACAUUUGAACAUAAAUAAAGGGUUAUACAAUGUGAUUCUGCAAUGGGCAGCAAAACGCUCUCAAUUCGGCCUCCCGAUCGUGUCGACAGGUAUUGGCGAAGUUGAAGCAUAUCGAAUUUUGGGUACUGGGUCCAGUUCUGUUGUUUUCGAAGCAUACACUCCAGAUAAUGUACGGGUAGCACUUAAAUACAGUUUGGAUGAUCGUUGUCUGGAACGCGAAGUUCAGAU